AUGUCGAGCGUCGGGGACAGUCCUGACAGAAUGGCUCUGCAAUCGCACUACUCCUUACGAUGGCACAACCAUCUCACCCACAUACAACGGGCGUUCGAGGAGUUGUUGCAAGCGGAGAUGCUCGUCGACGUGACCCUGAUUUGCGCUGACAGCAGCGUCAAGGCACACAAAGUUGUCCUCAGCGCCUGCAGUCCUUUCUUCGAGAGGAUAUUCGCUGAAAAUCCGUGCAAGCACCCCGUGAUCGUGCUGAAGGACUUCUCGCAUCAUGAAUUGUCCACUUUGGUGCACUUUAUAUAUCGUGGCGAGGUGCAAAUCGCCCAGGAGGAGUUACCGGGGCUGAUGAAGGCCGCAGAGUGUCUGCAGGUGCGUGGGUUGUCGUCAUCGGAGCCGAGGCCGGUGUCGACGGAACCCAGGCCGUUGUCGUUGGCGUCAACGCCGACGCGCGAUCUUAUUCUGGCUGGAUCACCAACACCAGAAGUCGCGCGACACGGCACACCGGAAGAUGAUGAAAACGCGUUGGAGAGCACAACGGAGAUGAAACCUAUCCUGCUUCCACCAACGAGGGACCAUCAGGCCAAGUCGCACAUUGGCCACAUGAACUUUGGCAUCCGCGAGAGUUGCGGCUCGCCGUCAAUGCCACGUCGGAAACAGGCGCGUCCGCGCCGACGAUCCGGCGAAUUGCUACCGCAAGAUCUGAGCAGACGCUUGACCCCACCGGUCAGCUCGAGUCCAUUGACGAGCGUUCUUAAUCUCAGUGGUCAGCACCAGGCGCAACAGCAGCAGCAGCAGCAGCAGCAGCAGCUAUUGCUGCAGCAAUCUCAAUAUCAUCAACAACAAUCGAUUAACAACGUACAGAACCAGCAGCAGCAGCAGCAGCAGCAGCAAGAAGAUAUGGCGGAGAAUCUCUCGAUGAAGAAACCUAUAUCGCCGAUCGGAUUAGAUCAUCAUCAUGUGAAGACGGAGGGCAGUGAAGCGACGAGCAGUCCUCGCGGCUCGCCGCUCACAGGAACGAGUCUACUACAUCAUCCCGAUCCUGUAUCAGACAUCCCGGCGGCCGUAGCAGCAGCUGUAGCGGCAACUGUAGCAUUGUCGCUACCCACAAUGCCGACGUUGUCGCUGUCGCAACCGCAUCCUCCCGAGUACCUGACAAGCCUCAGCCAAUGGCUGCCCGGGCCUCCUCAAAGUCAACUGCCGCCGCCGCCGCCGCCGGCUCAAAGUCACCAUCCACGCGAGGACAGUCCGCAUGGUUCCAGCAGAUCUCAUCCGUAUCAACAACAGCAGCAACAAGAAUCAGCUUUACCGCGACGUAGCGCUAUGGCGAUGUUCACACCGGCAUUAGACGGCGUGACAGCUCUAGGCGGCGGACUUUUCUCGCACCAUGCCACCACGUAUGACCGGGGCAUCCUCGCGGAUUCGCUGCUUACGGAUAAUUUCAAGCCAGAAGCGCUGCAAAAUCUCUUUGGUACUCCCAGUCUCGGCCCUCCGCCCGCUAAAAAGGCAAAAAAGCAUCGUAAUGAUGGUGACGCGCCACGUAGAUGGACCGAUCACAACACUCGAGCUCUUGCAGUUAAUAGGCCCAAAGGGCAACACAGCGCUCCGCGAGGAGGGCCACCACGGUCCUGGACGAAUAACGAACUUACAUUGGCUCUGCAACAUGUUUGGGAAAAAAAGCUGACCACGUCGCAGGCUAGUCGUAUGUUUGGUAUUCCCUAUAAUAGCUUGCUGAUGUACGUGCGUGGUAAAUACGGGAAGAGUCUAAAGCUUGAGCAAUUACGUAGGACUUGUACCGGCACCAAUAACUCUGAAAUCAUGAAUAACAAUAACAUCAAGCCCGUCCAGCAGUCCGCGCAGAUGAGCCACGGGCUCACCGGUCUGCCGCUGCAGCAUCCGGGGGACAACAGCGGCUAUCCCCAUCGCGGUCUACUCGGCGGCAACAUGCCGCAGCCGCAGGACCAUCAUCAUCAGGAGUCGUCGAUGCAACCGCAACCAACGCAAUCGACGCCCACGUUGCUACAGCAGAACGGUUCUGAUUAG